AUGAACAGCGCUCCGAGGCCGCGGCAGCGCCGUCGACUUAUCCUGACAUGUGUUGAGUGUCGGAAGAGAAAGCAGAAGUGCGACCGUGGUCAGCCAUGUGCUCAGUGUAUAGCGCGUGGUCCUGAGAGUAUAUGCAUCUAUGAGAAAUUCAAGUCGCCAAGCAAUGCUGUAGCUCGUGCGUCUUCAAAGUCGACCGAAUCGAGUCCAGGCCAAAUCCAGGAUCGCACAUCUCCUUCAAUUCUGCAAAAUGCUCAAGAGUAUGGGUAUUCGGAAUCAGAUGCAUUCAGCUCUAUGGGAAUGCUCACAAAGGUCAUUUCAGGCAUUGAUGAGAUACCGCCGUCUCACAGGCCUGCUGCUCCACAGAUCCGAAGCAAGCUACGGGCAGACUACUUCGGCUACGUCCGCCGACUGCCUGCUAAGACCAACUGUGAUAUUCUGAUAGAUCUGUUCUUCAAAGAUGUCAAUCACUUGAAUGAAGCCCUUGACCAAGUCAUAUUUCGUGAGCAACUAGAUCGCUGGUGGGCAACUGCCCACGAUACAAUCUUUAAGCAAGGGCCGGACGCCUUGCCCCUAGAUUUAUGGUAUUUUCCAGCUUUGAUAUUUCAAGUACUAGGGGUCGCGUUGCAGUUCUUGCCCACUCCGCAUGAUCCGCAACUAGAGGAGCUCAAGUUCACACCCUUACAAACUUUUACCGAGCUGUCUAAAGAAUACUCCGACUGUGGGGAGGGACUGUCAAAUCUCGUUGGAAGACCUAGUCCAACCCUUGUCGCGAUUCAGUCGAGCUUCAUGAAAGAUUUAUGGUAUGCAAAUGCCGGGGAUAUUCUACAGGCGUGGAAUCACUCUGGCCGAACCGUCAAGGAAGCCAUUUCCGUCGGACUACAUCUUGAACCAGAAUUACCGUCGUCGAGCAAGCCCGAUGAGCUUCUGGACGCUCUAUGGAUGAACGAACUUCGAAAGCGUACUUGGUGGAAUAUGUUUGUCUGGGACAGUUUUAUGGCUCUCGAACUCGGGCGUCCCAUGUUCAUCGACAUCAACAAGUGCACAGUCACUCCACCUAUCGAAUGCGAAAUCCCACAAGAUCGGCUAAAAAGGGUCCCAACACCGAGAUCUGAUUCGGACCGGCCUAUCGCUCUCACGGAGCGCAUAUUGCGAUUGAAAAUAUCCCGCCGCUUUGCUGAGAUCAGAGAGCUCGAAAGCCAAGGCUCUGUCCCACAAAACCCCGAGAAGGUCAAGGAACUGCACGACUUCGCGGUGAAGUACCGAGAAGAUCUGCCUACGUUUUAUCGGAAUAUAAAUCCUGACACCAGUUGGGACGAAUUGUGUCCAUUUGUACCGACGCAUCGAGAGUUGAUCUCGUUUCUGACGGAUAGCUUCCUAAUGGCUCUCCAUAGACCGUACAUAUUCACACGGUCUAAGAGUCAGCGCGAGGUAUACAACUGCGCACUUGCUAUCCUCGAUAGCCAAGACAGACUGUUCCAGUUCCACCGCUCUUCAUCGACGCAAUGGUUUAUUGGAACGACCUUCCCCACAUUUGACGCAGCGGUGCUGUUGGCCGUUGUCCUGGUCAGCAACCCGGAACGCUAUCACGCAACGUUCUCUCGUCCAUAUCAGAGUCUUCAACGCGCUCUCGAACGGCUCCAGGCCAUUGGACCAAGCCUACCACUGGCAAAGACUGGCUCGGAGAUUCUACAUAGCACCAUUCGCCGAGUCAUAGAAGCUCAUGAGCGUGCCGGGCCCAGCAUUAUCGGCACUGAAUUACAAAUGCCCAGCACACUAGAAGAUCAAUAUGAAGCUCACAGUGCUCAAUUCACGAGGGUCUCUCCCGAUGCCGAGCCAUGGCACUUCGAGGUCAAGCCUUCUGAGAUGGACUGGACGGGCCAAAAUCCAGAAUUGUUCGACUUUGACUUCUCGAAUCUUGAGGUCCCUAUGCCGUUGAAAGAAUUGCUUCUAGAUGAGGGAAUGGCUGCGAUGUCUACAGAUAUGGACGUGUAUAAUCCCUCGCUGUGGCCACAGCCACAGGGACACCUCGGUCAGACUGAUAUUCCCUUAGAGCAACCGGAGAUGAUGAAUGUGGCGGAUAAUUCGCUUUGGAAUUUCUUGGCUGGUUAUCCUACUUCAUUUGAGGAUGGUAAUCUAUAG